AUGGCCCCGUCACUCGAAAAAGUCAAUUACCUCAAAGAGUACCGUUUCGUCUCCAACAGAAGACCAUGGAGACGAUCACUGAGUCCUCGGAAUCAAUUAUCUGAAACCCAUGAGGCGUUUAAGGCUCCAGAACCAUUAUCGGAACCUAAAGAUCUUCUUGGGAUAAAGGAUUUCCUUCUACAUGAAUAUGAUCCACACGAAUUUAAUAAGGAAAAACUUGCCAAAAAUAUUGAGGACAAAUGGGGUGGUGACAACCUUCCACCUUUAGGUUCGGAAGUCAUGCGCCAGUUAGAUCCUUACCUAACAACAAACUUAAAGACUCACCGUUCAUGGCAUCCUGAAGAAUUAAAGGGUUAUUCAAAGAAGGACAUUCUAACACACUGGGAAACCAACAAAACUCCGAAAGCCUGGGGUUAUGGCCUUAAAAACAAUCCAGUCACUGAGGAAAACGUUCCCCGUCAACAAUUUCCAAUGCGCGACGAACUGAAAUUCAAAUUUGAAACAAAGAUACGUCGCAUUCCACCGCCUCCGGUCACCGUUCCGCACAGAUCCUGGGACGGUGGCACCAUUGACAGCGCCGCUCAUGUACAAGACAGAGUAUAA